AUGAUCGAAACUGGGGAAGUGAUAACCAAAAGCUACUCCGACCGGGUACGCUACAUUAUAGUGUCUUGGAAGAUUGGGGAUAAUCUUGCUGAGCCAUGGAUAAGCUGGACUUUCUUGAGUACUGAUGCCAACUUCACCGUUCUGAGUGGGUUGGUGUUGCUCCUGUACCUGUGCCACCUGGUGUUGAAAGCAUUUUUAACAACCCUCUGGAAGAAUAAAGACAUCAAGAAGCAUCAGGUCAGAGCCAAGUGGAGAAGGAAAGGUGGAAUAUAUGGAGGUCAGAGGGCUUGCAGGAGAGAGGUGGAGGAGGAAAGAAGGCUGCUGUCUGUUCUAAAAAGCUUUGUACCUCCUGUCUUCUGCAGCCUCUUGGGCCAGCAUGCAGAUACCAUCCAGUUUCGUCACCUAUUAUGUCCAGACCCUCUCUGCGAGGUGUGUAAUAGAGCAACUGCUGACGUCAAGCGACUGCUGUCCCGGGAGUGCCUGGAAGAUGCUGCUCCCUCUGUGUCCCUCUUGGCUUCCACAGCUCCUGUGACUGAGUCAUCACUGAAUGGAACCUCUGCCCUCUUAGCACCCCCUCCAGGAGACCACAUGCCAGGCCCCCUGCUUCAGCCUUCUCCUCCUCCUCCCUCUGUUCUCUUGCCAAUCCUAUUCACCCCCUUAACCAACUCACUUUCACCCUCUCCAGUGGAUGACUCUCAGCAACCAGAGCCUGUUUCUCCCUUAUAUUCCACAUUCCCAGAGGAGGUAUGUCCUCCUCUCCACCCUUUGUCCUUGCCUGAGACCCAGCCUGAACACUUACCUCCAACCAUGCCCCAAUCUCAGUCCCCACAUCUCACUCAGCACCAAUCCCCAAACCACCUUCAGUCCCCACUCCCAAUCCCACCACCCAGUCCUCUCUCCCAGAUUAGGACCUCUGGAGAGUGUCAUCACACAGCCCAAAUUGAGGCUGAGUCUCCUAUGCCGUCCAAAAUUCACAGCGUGGAAUGGAAUGUGUUGCAGAAAGAACUGGAAAAUGUAUGGGGUUUACCCCCUGUGGUGCAGAAAUCUCAGGAAGACUUUUGUCCUCCAGCUCCCCAACUCCCAUUGCUUAUCCACUUCUCCAAGGCCCAUGUUCCGAUCUCCAUCCUCCCUGGAGACUUUCCUCUCAGCAGUGAGCUUGAGAAGAAACUGGAGCAUCACCUUCGAAAGAGGAUCAUCCAACACCGGUGGGGCUUGCCCCGCAGGAUCCAUGAGUCUCUGUCGUUGAUGAAUCCCCCGAGAGAAACUCCUGAGACAUGUGAAUCCAAGAGCACUUAUGGGCUUUCAUGGAUCUCUUUGUUUAGGGGUGACAGCAGCAAAGAUCUAAAGAAUUUUGAGUUGAGUCAACCUGGAAGCUUCCAUGAGGGGAGCUCAGAUAUGCUUCGGCUGGAGAAGGGCAUGGGGAGGGAUCAGGGACAGAGCCCUGAGAAUGACCUAAAAGGUCAUCUGUUGAGCAACCCAGAUAAUUUUUCACAAAAGGGUCUGGAGUCUGCAUCUGAGAAGGACCUAGAAGGCAACAUGGAGAGUCUGUCAGGAAAGAACUCAAGUGCCUCAGGGGUGAGUCCACAUCAGAAACAUCUUGAAAAUGCCCUGAAAGUGCAUUUGAACAAGAAAUUUGAGGAAAUGAGUGAGGGUCAGAUCCCUGGGACUGUGCAUAGUUCAUGGCAUUUUAUCAAGCAGGCAUUGCCUUUUCCUGAUAAAUCCAGCAGCCAAAUAAAACCCAAGAAUUUGUCACCAUUGGUGGAUGGGGAACACUGCCUGAAUACCUCCCAGGAUAUUUCCUUCCUUAGUUCCAGCAAACAAAAGAUGUUGGAAGACCAUAUUAAAGGAUUCCGUAUGCGGAUGGUGUGGGGCCUUCCUCCCAAGGUCCUAGAAUCCAUACUAAUAUUUCAACUGAAAGAGGACCCAUCCCAGUUUCUUUCCCAUUCUAAUACUCCCUCAGCUGACCUUAUUUCUGGGGUGGAUUCCAAAGCUAGUGUCUCCAAGCCCCUUAGAGGGAGCUCUAAAAUUUUGAGUGGAGACCAGGUGGGAAUGACAAAUGCUGUCCCUCUCCUGAGCCAUUGUCUUUCUGCCAUGUCACCUGUGUGCAAGGAAGGACAGGGGUCCCUGGGUCAAUCACCCCCUGAUACCAUCCACAUGCAUGAGCCAAAGGAUGAGACCGUGAGUUUUAGUAGUAGAACAGAAAGGUCUCAGGAUAAAAGGAUGAAGAAUUUGGACCAUUUUUCUACGUCCAAGAUGUCCAGGGAGAUAUUCAGGGCAGAAGAGCUCUGUGCUCUUCCAUCACAUUCUAGAGGUACCUUGAUAUCCAAAGAGUCAAGAAAGCUUGAUAUCCAACGAGAAAGCUCACCAACGAGAAAUGAGAAUAAGAGUAAAGGAGAGACUACAUUCACCAAAACAUGUCUUCGGUCAAGGGUAUCAGUUCCCAAAGAUCCUAAAUCAUUAAACUUUAAAAACCAGAUGUCAGAUGACUUAAUGCUUAAGUUCGUGACUGGACAGAGUAGCCAAGCCCAGGGCUGUAACACGUCUUUUGUCUCAGAGAGCAUGACUUCCAAGGCCCUAUUGACUGAUGCCCAAGGCAUCUCAAGUGGGGACACGGCAGCUUCUCAGGUGCUGCUUGCCCAGUUGGAGGACAGAGGGAUUAGCAUGGAGCACCAUGAUCUUCAGGUCCCUAAGGAUGUGUUAUGGAAGAGUCAAGUUAAGAAGUUUCCAUCAGGUUCAAAGAAAAUGAGCCCUCUGGGACCCAAAGCAAGAGAGCUUGGUGGAGGAGAUGCAGGGUUGGGGACAACUCAACCCAGAAGGAGCAGCCACUCUGCCCAAGACAGGGCAGUAGAGCAGAUGCUUGAGCGCAAAGCUUCCUCAAUUCCCUCACUGAAGGAACAGCCUCCUCAUGAAAGCUGUUUCAAAAAAUGGAUGAAGCACUUUUUGAAAUGGCUUUGUCUUACCACAGCAUCCAAACAGGAAGAAAGUUCCCUGGAAAAGGGAAGCUCCCUGUCAUCAUCUGUGCAGAGCCGAAGGCUGGAUAGAAGUAGACGUGCUUUUACUGAAGCUGAGAAAAUGACGACACAUAAUGGCAAGUUACGAGAGGAGAAAGUGGGGCAUAGGCAUGGAAUGGAUAUCACCUGUCCCCAAAAGUCCCUUUCCUCUCCUAUGAAGUUUGGGGAAAAAAAACAGCACAAGAGAGACCUGAAGGCCCUAGCAGAGUCUGUCCAGGGGCAUCCCUCCAAGUACAUAGCUCCCUCCUUUAAAGUGAGAAGCACCAAGUCCUGUAGCUGA